AAAACAUAUUUUGACUUUAACAUACAGAUUCAGAAUGUAAUAUAGCUCUAACACAAGAAAUUCAAAAUUUUGUUGUAAUUUUAAAUUAACUGUAAUAAAUUAAUGAAGUAACGAUGGCUAAAAAAUUAGACAAGAGUACACCUAGUUCAUUUAGCAAAUAUUUCCUAGCAAAAAAGACAUUUUACGGACCAGUACAGAAAGAACCAGAAUGGAUAUAUUUGGAGAGAGAAAUGCUAGCGAAUAUAGACAAGAAACCUUACAAUAAGAAAGUCGGCGACUGGCUCAAGUUUUUGAAGGAUUUGAAACACUACUUUUUUCUUGAAAGCAAAAAGCAAGAGAGAAUACUGAAAAAGGAAAUUGGCCCAAUUUGGUACAUGGAAAUGUCAGGAUUUCAAAAAGAAGUUCUUAGACAUUUAUUGGCGGAUAUCCACUACGACUUGAUAGAUAAUCUGCCAAAACGGACUCGAAAAUCCCUAUCGGAUUUAGGCGUUAGCAGGAGCAUACCCAAGUCUGUUUUGUUGAAAGCUAUGAUUGAAUCUGGGGACGACGCGGCUGUAUUUAUUUGGAACUUAUACACGGCUAUUUAUAAUAAAUCGCCUAGUGAACUUCGAGGAGACUACGAUAUGGACGCAAUGAUUCUUAUGUCAGCGCUGACCUUCAUCGACUUAGAGGAAUGUGUAGAAAACUUACAUGACUUAAUGAAGCCAGCGAAGGAAAGACCCAAGCCAAUGAAGAAGAAAGCGGCAAAGAAGGUCAACAAGUAUAAAGACGAGCAGUUCGGGAUGUACUUAGAUCGACUUAUUGUACCUGUGUAUUGUAGACACCCCUCACCGCACCGAGUGGACAGAGUUAAAAAGCAACCCCGUAUGGAGAAAAAAAUCACGCUCAGGAGUGACGAUAUUGAUAAAAGACUGCAAAGAUGCGUAAAGGCGAAGCAAGCGGAAAGAAUUUGCACUUACAAAUUUUGGGAGCCUCCCGUUCACCUACGGAGCACUAACCUGAAAAUGCGGGAGUAUUAUCUGAAGUUAAGGCAACUGAAAAGGCCGGCCAAAGCUAAACAUGUAGCUCCAUUAAAUAAUAUACAAUUUAAUGUAGGACCUGUUGUUCUAAUAAAGGGAAGGCUACGUUACGUUUUAAACAAUAUUGUUAUAUUACCAACUGGAUAUAUAGCUAUCAAUGGUGGAACAUCUACAUUUUCCACUGGAGAAUAUUUGACAGUCAUUAAUGGACAUUGGAAAUACCCAAUGGACAAAGAUAAAAGAUGCGAUAAAACUUGUGCCUGCAUGAAAUGGGAAAAGGCCGUGAUGAAACAUUUGGAAGAAACCAAAUGCAAGUGCCGUCACCUUUACGACUACCACCACGAAGGAAAAUGUAAGGAAAAAUACUUCUACCCGCCGACGAAAGAGUGGCCGCUGUGGUUCGACGAAGCUAAAGUAUUCCAAAUGGAUUCAAUGGAGGAUUUCAUAAAGGAAACUGUUAGAUUAGCAGAAAGGUCUGAGGGGCCUACGCCGAUUCCGUCCCGUCCUGAAUUAUCGGCAGGUGGUAUAAAAACGAAGGUUUUACUUGAGUCGUUCCUUGCCGAUUUAUCUGACACCCCGCUCGUGAUACCGCACCUGCCGCAAGCAAAUCUCCUCAACAACCUGCAAGAGAUAGUCAGAAAACGCUUCAACGGCGACCUCUCUCCGGAGGCUCACAAACUUUCAGUAGUCCGGUCGUUGCGGCGGUGGUUGUGGCUGAAGCACAUGGACUUUCGAGAGCUCGCGUACAUUAUACCCUUUACGAAAAAAGAGCUCGCGAACAUUACUUGGGCGGACAGGCAAAAUCUCCAAUACCUAUUUGAGACCCUGUUACGCGAUUUCACAGCGAGGAAUAGAUUGCGCCAACUGGAGCAGACACGACUAUGGUGGCCCACGAUGAAGUACGAUAGAUACCCUAACGAAGCUUUCUUAGAUACAUACUUCACAUACAUGCCGGGCAGAUCGAAGGAUAUUUAUAUUUUCAACCCAUUUAGUGCUGAGCUCACUCCAAAGGAUAUCUACAAGACUUGCCCUCUUUCAUGAUUAUUUAUUUUUUACAACCUUACAACUUAUUUGUCAGUUGUGUAUCUGUGAAAAUAAUGGCACAUUAGGUGCUUUAUACCUACAUUGUACUUUUGUAUACGUUGAUUUUCAUAGAUUUAAUACAAACGUGUAAAAAAUUAUGUAGAGUAACAUCGUCUUAACGUUCUUAUUUGUUAUGUUUCGAUGCAACUUUUCAAGUUCCAUUAUAAUAAUGUGUUUUGAUUGCGUCCGUUCGGUGUUGUUACGUGUCAAGUGCUAAUAUUUACCUAUAAUAUUAAAUGUUA